AUGACCUUCACGAGCGAAGAGAUAUUAGAGUACCUAUUCGUGAACUUCCCACGCACCGACAACCUAGAAUCCAACAACCCAAGCCUCUUCAUCCAGUGCGUCCCCUCCGACUCAAACAGCCGCUACCCAACCACCCUCUCCAACAAAUGCCGAUUCACAGACUGCCCCGUCAAAAUGCGCACCAUCCCCAGCGGGCAUUUCCGCGUCGCUUUCGACGAGCAGAAUAAUGAAAAUCUCGAUCCAUACCAUUGCGCUGGCUACGUGCAUCUUUACUGUCUCGAACGCUUCUGUAGCUUCAGUUGCUUGGCGGGGUAUUGCAAUUUCGUCCCCGACACCAGGGAGUUGCACGAGGGGAGGAAUAGGAUGUCUAUUACACGCGACCAUUCUGAGUUUGCACGCAUGUGCAUGGUGUACAUGGAGAAUUCCAGACAACAGGAUCCUCACGCCAACGGCUGGGAAUACAGGAGUACUCUUUGUAGCUUGCUGACUGAGGAGUAUCUUAGGCUUGAAGCUAGGGUGAGACGUGCGACGAGGGAGAGGCAAGGAGGGAAUAAUAUUGGUGUCCAUAGGAAUGAUAUGGAGUUGUAUGCUUGGGGCCAAGAGCAUAAAAUGCUAUUGCGGUCGAUGGCGGCUCAGAACAGGCCGAAGAAGAGGAAACGGCGCUCUGAUGAAGAGGAGGAGGAUGGAAACGAUGGUUACGAGCACGGGGGGGAUAUAUAA